UACAUUUUCUUUUGUAUUUGUUUAGUGUCAUCAGUAUCACUUAUCACCACGGUAGUUACGGUCUUGUUAUUGAAAGCAUGUGUCUGUUGCAAUUAAACUGGUCCGUGAAUAUGAAUAAUUUCGGUUCACCGGUAGUUUCGGUUUGCGGCUUCUACAUUAAUUCGUAAAGACGUGUUCUCUUCAUUUCGUCAGUCAGAAUCCGCACGAUCGGCUUUAGGUACCUAUACCACUAUGUACCUACUACUUCUGUUGGAUGUAAUACCAAGACACCGUUCGUCAGUAUCGGUCAUCGACGAACGUGACACCAUAAUGACGACAAACCGUAGACACAACCAUUCCUACUUAAAAGUUACCCGUGUUGCAGGCAGCAGAGAUGAAGGGGCGCCAAUUAAAUUCGAUCCUCGAUUUCUUCAGCUUUCGAACGUUGCUCAUCCUUCCAAUCGGCUGAUGAAAGCAAUCGUUUGCGUUCCAAGAUCACCCAUGGAUCUGAAUACAUUUUUGAAGGCUGAGAAUUUUAACUGCAACAGGCAUAAGUUUCAGGACCAAACUGAAGUCAACUGAUCUGCUGUCGAAUUGUUAAGGUGCGUAAACUUAUUCGGCAUGCGAACUAUUUAAACCUCACAUCCCACAUAAUGAACGCGUGGAAGGUGCAUGACCUAAUACAACAUUUUUCCAUACAAACCCACUCUCUAAAUUUUCCCUUUGUGAAGGACAAAGAUAUCCAUUAUAAUUUUUUUUUUUCGAGCCUUUGGCAGUAUUUUGGAAGGGGCUGUUGAUGGAAUUUUUAUACAGAACAUUCUGGAACGAUUCAAUGUGCCAUCACGAACCUCUCGGAGAGAAUAUGUAUACUUGAUUGAGAGGGGCUUUUAAUUAUUUAAUGGAUUUGUCAUGCCAGCGUUUUCGAUUCCCGUGUAACUCAAUACAAAUGCGUUUCAAUAACUAACAAAAGUCGAUAGU